GGGCGGGGGCAGGGCAGGCAGCCGUUGCGGCCAUUGAGGAUGCUGUAGGAGCUCUUGCUUAUUGCUACAAUGACAGGAAGGGACAGCAAGACAGAAAUGACAGCAAGACAAAGGGCUUGGCUGGGGAAUGUGUGACCUUAUGGAAUCGCCCAGGCUUCCCUUUGUUCUGCUUGUGCUGCAGCUGUCGGAGCUUCCCCCUGACCAGAGAGGGCUGAGGGUCUACAGGUGCUGAGCAGCAAGAUGGCAUCAUCUGGUAGCCCGGGGACUCGCAUGACUUCCACAGUCAGCAUCAAUAUUUCCACCCCAACUUUCUACAACCCGCAGAAGAAGUUUGCACCAGUGGUUGCCCCUAAGCCCAAAAUGAACCCAUUCAAGGCUGGGGGUGCUGUACCUGGGAGUGCCUCAGAUCUGCCACUGCCCCAGCCUUCUGGGGCUGGUGCCCAAUGUGCUCGGAUAGGGAAAGUGGGGGAGAUCCCACCAGCUGCAGCACCUUUGCUUGCUGAAGAACUUCCACUGCCACCUCCGCCCCCUCCAGGAGAGGAGACAGUCAUCUCCCCAACCAGUGCUUUCCCCCCGCCCCCACCGCCAUUCGAAGAGCCCUUCCCCCCAGCCCCAGAAGAGGUUUUUCCUUCUCCCCCUCCCCCCAUGGCUGACGAGGGGCUUGUGACUGGGGUACCUGCCCCACAGGUGCGUGGGAAGAUGAAUAGCAUUGAUCUGGAGAUUGACUCACUGUCCUCAAUGCUGGAUGACAUGGAGAAGAAUGACCCCUUCAAAUCCCGGGUGGAGCUGCCCUCUAGGGUGUCUCCAGGAUCCACAGCUCCCCUGGAAACACCUCCUGCCCCGAAAGGCCAUAUAGAAAUCAUGGCUGUGCCUAAAGAUCCCCUAGCUCCUGCUUCUUUCCCCCCUAAGUUCACCCCAAAACCCAGUGGAGGCUUCAUGCCAAAACCAUCUGAAGUGGAUGUGGUCCCUGCACCAGCACCUUGGGCAGCCCCACUGCAACGUAGAGACCCCACAGCAACGCAGUCCAAAGCACCAGCCCCAUCUGCGCACCUUCUUACCUCAGGCCAGCCUGCCCCCAAAUUUACUCCAUCCCCGGUUGCCAGCUCCCCCAAAUUUGGAUCCAAACCAGCUGCCAGUGCUUCUGGGGUCCCCACAAACUCCAUGAGAUUUACUGCCCCACCCCCUGCUCAGACCCGAUUCACAGCCCCUUCAGCUAUGGGCUUGGCCCCAAGGCCCCAGCCUCCCAGUUUCACCUAUGCCCAGCAGCGGGAGAGACCUCAGGUGCAGGAGAAGCCAUGUCCCACAGGACAGCCUGCUGCCCCACAGGACAUGCACAGGGCUCCUGUGGGCACUGGUUCAGAGUCCCCCAGGGGAAACACCUCACUGACCAUGAAAGAGGUGGAGGAGCUGGAGAUGCUAACCCAGAAACUCAUGAAGGAUAUGGAGCACCCACCCCAUGCAGAAGCCUCCACUUCUGAGCUGUGCGGCCUCUGCCGGAGGCCCUUGUCCCGAACUCAGCCAGCUGUACGUGCUCUUGACCAUCUCUUCCAUGUGGAGUGCUUCACCUGCUUCAAGUGUGAGAAGCAGCUGCAGGGGCAGCAGUUCUACAAUGUGGACGAGAAGCCCUUCUGUGAGGACUGCUAUGCUGGUACCCUGGAGAAGUGCAGUGUCUGCAAACAAACCAUCACAGACCGGAUGCUGAAAGCCACAGGCAACUCAUACCAUCCCCAGUGCUUCACCUGUGUGGUGUGCCAGACCCCACUCGAGGGAGCCUCUUUCAUUGUGGACCAGGCCAAUCAGCCCCACUGUGUGGAUGACUAUCACAGGAAGUAUGCCCCCCGCUGCUCAGUCUGUGCCGAGCCCAUCAUGCCAGAGCCCGGAAAGGAUGAGACCGUGCGUGUGGUGGCCUUGGAGAAGAACUUCCAUAUGAAGUGCUAUAAGUGCGAGGACUGUGAGAGGCCCUUGUCUAUUGAGGCAGAUGAGAAUGGCUGCUUCCCUCUGGAUGGUCACGUACUGUGUAUGAAGUGUCACACCACUCGUGCCAAAGCUGCGCGCUGAGGGGCUUGGAGUGGGGUGGGCCCCUGAUACCUCUCCUCCCCCAUACCAAUGGCCUGCAUUCCCCUGCUCUCAAUGGUCCAAUCCCUUUGCCCCACAGGGCACAUUCCUACCUACAGAUACCCUGGCAGCAGUCCUUCCUUCACACAGGGAUCACCACCCCUAAUCCCCUCCUCCGUGCCAGGAUCCCCUUCUGCAAUGCCCGCUUUUCCUGGCCACAGUGCAUUCCAGACUGGGGAGUAUGGGAGAUUCCUCUGUUUCCCCUAAAUUGCUCUAGAAUGGAUAUUUAAAUAGUCUGGCCUCUCCAGCCCUGUGCUCUCUCACUCCUUCAGCUCCACCUGGUAGAGCUAGGCAGAACUACCUAGUGGUUGUCUGAGGCUAAAGGUAUCUUUACUCCACAGAGCAGUACACGUAUUUGGCAUUGUGAGGUGAAGUGCCUUUCUCUUCAGCGCUCCUUUCUCUGCUGUCUCCCUCUCAUGCCCAUGCUCCUAGAUGUAGUAUUUAUGAGAAGAGUGGAGACCAAACUUGGUGGGUGGCCUUGCUCCCUGGGCUGGAAAGAGUUAAUCUAGGUCAGGGGUGACCAACCUGAGCCGGAGAAAGAGCCAGAGUUUACCAAUGUACACUGCCAAAGAGCCACAGUAAUAUGUCAGCAGCCCCCCAUGAGCUCCCUCACCGCCCACCCACCAGUAGUGCCACAAAUCAGCACCUCUCCUCCUCCCCCCCCCCCCCAAUCAGUUGUUUUGUGGCAUGUGGGAGGAGCGAGGGCAUAGGCUCAGGGGAGGGGGUGGGAAGGGGUGGAAUUGGGGUAAGGCCUGGGGCAGAGCCAGGGGUUGAGCAGUGAGCACACGCCACCACAUUGGGAAGUUGGCGCCUGUAGCUCCAGCCCUGGAGUCGGUGCCUAUAUGAGGAGCUGCGUAUUAACUUCUGAAGAGCUGCAUGUGAUUCUGGAGCCACAGGUUGGCCACCCCUGUGCUAGGUUAUAGCUUUCCUGCCUCUGUCAGAUCUCACCAGCUGGCUGAUCCUGUCUAACACUUUUCACUGCCAGAUAAACCGGUCAGCCUGGAGAGGGGCAUCUCGCUGGGUUUGGGACCCUCUUCCUCCCCUCAUCUCCCAAAAGGUGUCUACUCCAUUUCCUUUCAUUCAGUGUCUUCCUUGGUGCUUGGCCCAGUUGCUUGGCAUAGCAAACUAUCCAAAGGAUUUGUGUGUUUACAAAGGACUCUUAGAGCUCAUUGUGGGGGCUGCCAGUGCCCAGUAGGGAAUGGCCCCAGGGUGUGGUAUGAGGAUUCACUGCCAGCACAAGGUGGGAGGGAUGUCUCCUCAGGUACCAAUAGGGGUUGCUCACUGUUACUGGGAAGGCUGCAGUGAGAUUGCAAUGUCCUUGUUGGCUCUGCCUGUCACUAGGGUGAUCCCCUCUUUCUGGGCUGGAAUCUGUCUCUGACUGAACUGGCAUUUUGGAUACUGUACUUUCCAGCCACUGUGUGCAUCUAAUAAAGUGUUUUUGGUUUUUUUUUAA